CAAAUCCUCAAACAAACUCCUCGAAACGCAGUCGUUUUGUAACCUUUGCUUUUUCAUGGGUUCUUCUUCUUCUUCCUCUUACUUCGACGAAGCUUCCUUCGGAUUCAACUACUCCAUGGCUACCACUUUGGGUCUCUUGUUCUUCUCCUUCACUUUCCUCUUCUCUCUCUUCUCCUUCUUGGUCUUCCUCUUCCGCCUCAAGCCCUGGUGUAACUGCCACGUCUGCCGGACUUUUCUGGCGGCCAGCUGGUCCGCCGACUUCGGCAACCUCUGCGAUUGGUACACCCACCUUCUCAGAAAAUCAUUGACCGGAACGAUUCAUGUUCACGUCCUCGGAAACAUCAUAACAGCCAAUCCGGAAAACGUUGAGUAUAUUCUCAAGACCAGGUUCGAUAACUACCCCAAAGGGAAGCCUUUCUCGACGAUCCUCGGCGAUCUUCUUGGCCGGGGGAUUUUCAAUGUCGACGGCGAUUCGUGGCGCUUUCAGAGGAAGAUGGCCAGCUUGGAGCUCGGCAGUACUACGGUCAAGAGCUAUGCUUUUGAGAUUGUGGCGUCGGAGAUCAAGAACAGGUUGAUUCCGAUUCUUGCCGGGAAUGGAAACGGCGCCGUUUUGGACUUGCAAGAUGUGUUCAGAAGAUUCUCGUUCGACAAUAUUUGCUUGUUCUCGUUCGGAUUGGACCCGGGUUGUCUCAGCUUAUCGAUGCCGAUAUCUGAGUUCGCCGCCGCCUUCGACCUCGCCUCGAAAAUUUCGGCCGAACGAGCCAUGACGGCUUCGCCGAUGAUAUGGAGAGCGAAGAGACUGUUCAACAUCGGGUCGGAGAAGAAGCUGAAGGAAGCGGUGAAAAUGGUGGAUAGCUUAGCAAUGGAGAUGAUAGCGCAUCGCCGGAGAAUAGGAUUCUCCGAUCAAAGAGACCUUCUUUCCCGAUUCAUGGCAUCCAUCGACGACGACAACUAUCUCCGUGACAUAGUCGUGAGCUUCCUGUUAGCCGGACGGGACACGGUUGCGUCAGCCUUGACCAGCUUCUUCUACCUGAUAUCGGAGCACCCAGAAGUGGAGCAGGCGAUCCGAGACGAGUCGGAUCGGGUCAUGUCCGGGUCCGAAGAAGUCGUGGCGAGUUACGGGAAAAUGCGAGACAUGCACUACUUGCAUGCGGCGGUGCACGAGAGCAUGAGGCUGUUCCCGCCGAUUCAGUUCGACUCCAAGUUCUGCCAAGAGGACGACGUACUCCCCGACGGUACGUUCGUACGGAAAGGGACGAGAGUGACGUACCACCCGUACGCAAUGGGUCGGAUGGAGCGGAUAUGGGGCCCCGACUGCCUCGAGUUCAAACCCGAGAGAUGGCUUAGCAAAGAAGGCUCCUUCGUACAAGCCUGUCCGUACAAGUACCCGGUUUUCCAAGCCGGGCUUAGGGUUUGUUUGGGUAGAGAAAUGGCCAUAAUGGAGAUUAAAUCGGUUGCCCUAAGUCUAAUCCGCCAGUUCGAUAUUCGGGUCUCCGGCCCCAAUUCGGAGCCCCGGUUUAGUCCGGGUCUAACCGCCACCGUUAGAGGUGGUCUUCCGGUUCAUGUACUAAAGAGGAGCUAGCUAGAACUUACAUAUAAUAUAGACUAUUUAUAAUAUUAUUAGCCCACGUAUACAUAUAUAUAUAUAUACACAUAUAACUAUAUAUGUCUUAUAAUAACUAGCACUAACACAAGUUUUAGAUAUUGGAUAAAAAUAAAUUCAUGGCACAAAUCAAAAUGGUCAAAAAGGGUUACUAGUAUUUUGUACUUUAGUCACCUUAAGUAAUAUGGAUGUAUAUAUAUAGGUUACUAUAUAUAUAUAUAUAUAUAUAUAAAUAGAUAUAACAAUUGUACACAACAACACUUGUCGAUCAUGUGUAUUUAUAAAAUAAUGUUGUGACUUAUAA